CUCUGUCUAGUAUUAUCCUGCAGACUUUCGAGUCAGGCUCACUUACUCUGCGAUUCCUUCAUCAAUAGUACAAUCCGCAGAUAUUAAUAGAGCAAAGCUCUCCCUGAUAAGCUCUAUCCGUGCUUGAUCAGCGCUCAAUGGCGUCCAUCAGCAAGACCCACUCCGUCUCCUUUUCACUUUCUCCGAAAAUUCCCAUCCGAGUUCUCUCUGACAAAGUUAAAAGAGCCAAGUCUUCCUUUCUACACACCACAACCCAAUCCUAAAUCAUACCGAGCAUCUGCCGGUCAACGGGUCAUGAUGGAACCCGACAGCUAUGUUGACCCGAAUCUGACUCGGUCGGACCUCCUGGUUCUGCAGACUCUGCUCUCGGACAUUCAGGCACAAUCAUCCGGCUCGAAACCCGUCCUUCAAGAUGUCCCAUCCCAAACCAACUCGCAGUACAAAUCUGUCCCCGAGCAAUUGGAAGCCUUCAACAAUCCUCAGCAUAUCGACUUUGAGCCUACUGUCACUGUGACCUGGGACACCGCUGAUCUCAAGGCCAAAUUGCCGUCUGCUGUUAACCAAUGGCUCCUCCAGCCGUACAUCCAGCUGGGACGAAGAGUUGUCCGGGUGGAAACUGACGUUGUGAUGCUCACGCAUCUCAUCCUGUACUUUACCACGUCCGUCCCCAGUGCACUCUACCUGUACUAUCACUUCACUUGGGUCCACGGCGUCCUUCACUGGAUCCUGCAGUCGUACUACGUGGGAACCUACACGCUCAUGAUGCACCAGCACAUCCACAUGGGCGGGAUCCUAGCCAAGCGAUUCUGGCUCUUUGACUCGCUCUUUCCCUACAUCACCAAUCCUCUCAUGGGACAUACGUGGAACUCAUACUACUACCAUCACGUCAAGCAUCAUCAUGUCGAAGGGAAUGGGCCUGGUGAUUUAUCCUCGACAGUCAGGUACCAACGAGACGAGCUGUACGAUUUUCUGUGCUAUGUCGGCCGAUUCCUUUUCCUCGUGUGGUUUGAGCUUCCGAGCUACUUCUUCCGUAAGGGCCAGUUCCUCCAAGGUCUCAAGGCUGGUUCCUGGGAGAUCGGAAACUACCUCUUCAUCUACGGAAUGUAUCGCUUGGUGAAUGCUCACGCAACGCUCUUUGUCUUCAUCCUUCCCUUGUUUCUCCUCCGAUUGGGCUUGAUGAUUGGCAACUGGGGGCAGCACGCCUUUGUUGACGAGACGGACCCCAACUCGGAUUUCAGAUCGAGUAUCACCCUGAUUGAUGUUCCGAGCAACCGCUUCUGCUUCAACGACGGCUACCAUACCUCUCACCAUCUCAAUCCCCGCCGUCACUGGCGCGAGCACCCCGCGGCGUUUCUCAAGCAAAAAGACCGCUACGCGAGUGAGCAUGCGCUGGUCUUCCGCAAUAUCGACUAUCUCAUGAUUACUUACCGGCUCAUCCGCAAGGACUAUACGCAUCUGGCCAAGUGUCUGGUCCCCAUGGGCGAUCAGAUUUCCAUGUCGAUCGAGGAGAGAGCGGCGAUGCUGCAGAGUAAGACGAGGAAGUUUACCGAGGCGGAAAUUGCGAGGAAAUUUGCGGUGAGUCGGUAGACUUGACAGCGGUCGGUCGCUACCAACGGCACCAGCUCAAGUCUGUAUACGAUGGUUCCUCGACACAAAAUCGUGUAUAUAUUUUAAUACUCGAUUCUUAGCCUAUAUUUUAGCUUAGAUAGACUUAGCACGAAAAUUCAAGGAACUGUACAUGUU